AUGGAAGCAACUGAUGCGGACAACCUCUUGCCAAAGCGGCGCGAGUCACGGCGCUUGUCGCUCGCAUCGAACGUGAGUGACAUCUUUGCAGAUGCUGCCGAGCGCGCAGACAUACUGGACAAGGUGCAGCAGCAACCUCAAGUUGCUUCAAGCGUGCAGGCCCUGCUCGACUCCUUGGAGUCUUUGGCUGAAGCGGCUUCACAGCUGAUCCUCGCGAGCGAAGUGGAGGAGGCCGUUCAGCUGCUCGAGCAAGCCUUCGCGGACGUGGAGUCAGACGACCAAAUGGAUGAGGUGGCUCUGGCAAGGGUCGGCGUGCAAGUGCUCUUGUGUGCUGGGCUAUCGCAGGCUGCCCGCCAUGCAGAAGCACUGGACGUGGCCCAAAAUGCCUCGGAGGCGGCGGAUUUCGUGGUGUCUGAGCUCUAUGAGAAGGCUCGGAGGCCUUCAACCGACUCGGACAAGGGCGGCCAAGUCUCACGCACCAUGCUGGAGCGUGCAGUUGAGAUCGCCGUCCAGGCGAGGCAGUGCCAGGCCCUAGAGCAGGAGUACACGGGGCCGCGGGAUGCGAGCAAGAUGGAGUUCUGGGAACGCUUGCGGCAACUGCACGAACAGUGUCUUUCGCUGGCCCAGGCAUUGCCACACCACAGUUCUGUUCGGCUGCGGGCGGCCCAGGCAAAACGUGAAUGGCAGAUCCGGGCAGCAGAAGCAACCUUGCCAAAAGCUCCGCUGGCAUCCUCGAGUUCGGGCCAGAACAGCUCUUUGCAGGUCUGGCGGUCAAUCCUUGGACCCCCGCCAAAAUGUGCCGUACGAAGGUCAGAUGCUGGAGCUGGGCUGCCAAAGCACCAGCGCAUGCACCUAGGAAUUCCGCCUCCUGUGGACCUGGAGUUCGAGCGCCUGCGGAGGCGUGGGAAUGUUGGCGAGUCACGGCCCACAACCAUGGAGACACUGAGUUCGGCUUCGCUGGCGUCCACAGACAAGGGCCUCGAAGAGUCAGCCUCCGCCCCGCAGCUGGGGAGCUGGUCCCCUUCUGACACGUGCAGCAGCAUGGGUGCCAAGCCUUGGAGCAGGCAUCCCUUGCCUGCCGGUGAUCUGUAUGUCUGCACAUCGCCGCGGCGAACACAGCUCCCUCGUACCCCCAACUGGGCAUCUACGAGGCGAGUUCCAGUUCUAUUCUCCGUGCAGGGCACGAAGGGCAAGGCGUCCUGGGCCUUGAGGAGCUCUAAGAAGAAGAACCGGGACGUGAACGACGACAAGCGAAUGAAUGCCUUCGAGGAUUGGCGCAAGAAUGGUUCGGGUCCAAAGAUGCGACUCAUUGACCAGGUACUGCAGACAGACAGUGGAAUCCAGCAUUUCCAAGAGAAUCUCAAAUCGCAGAGUUACAGAUUCAAAAACUUCUGGCUGAAGGACAUGGUCACGGAGGAUGAUUUGUUCAGCGACCGAACUUUUUUCUCUUCGGAGGGUCUUCGGGUUCUGAAGAAGAAUCCGCAGAGGCAGCAGCGAGCCACCUCACCCAUCAAGUCCAAGGCCAAGCAGCUCUUCCAGCACUACGAUGUUCCUUGCCCGAACAUCAGCGACUUGUCUGGGCUGCACAGCGAAGUGAAAGGGUACUCGGAAUUGCUGGAGCGGUCGCAGGAGAAGGCAUCUAGCUUGGGCGUGCAGACUUACGUCAGGAAAGGAGGUCGCCGAAUGAGCAUAAACCAAUUCGAUGCCCUCAAGGACAUCUUGACCAAGCAUCGUCGGAUGGGGGUAGCUGGAAUCACCUCCAACUCUCCGAGCAACUUUCGCUAA